UCGCUUCACUUAUCUGAGGUGGUGAUUUUGUGUGUGUGUGUGUGUAUGUGUGUGUGUGGUUUUUUUUUUUUUUUAAAGAGAAGCAUGGGGAGUUGUUAGAUGGAAAAUGAAUCCUUUAUUUCAUGUCCUGAUUUUCACCUGUCUGGCUUUCAAGAUCUCAGAAGGGUUUCUGAUUAUCCAUGUCCAGAAACGGCAAUGUCUUGUUGGAGGCAAAACAGCAUUUGUGGGCAAGUGCAAUCUGACUGAUCCAAACCAGCAGUGGAAGUGGACAGAGGAUGAGAAGCUGCUCCAUGUUAGAUCUGGCCAGUGUUUGGGCAUCUCCAAGUCCUCUGCUGCAUCAUCCCGCAGCAUCUUCAUAGACUGCCCUCGGGCACCCAACUGGAUCUUCCACAACACAGAAGGGCUCCUCCAGGUGGCAAACACCUCUCUCUUUCUCACAAAACAAGGCCCAAGGGUAAUGAUCAAGAUGGGUAGGAAAUACCCCCAUAGCUGGAAGCAAAUAGAUGUCGAUGACAAGGGGAAAACUGCCUAUGAAAAUCUGUGCCCACACAAAGAUCUGCACUGGAUUUUCUGCAUCUUGGAGAACAGUAGAAGUACCUCCUCUCCUUUUAAUGCUAUUACAUCUAGUCCUGGGAAUUUCCAUAGGAGUAGCACAGAGAUCUUCAUCAGAAACAUUACAGAAAACUACAGUAAAAACAUUAAUGAAAAAUUCUAUCUGACCCUGAAAUUGUCUGCAGUAACAGAGAAAUCCUGGAUUCCAGCAACUACCUAUCAUUACUUCAGUACCCCAGAAGAGAAGGGCCACGGGGAGCCUGUAAAAUGCGCCAUCAGCCUGACGGAGUGGAGGGUCUCCAGCCGGUCUGUCUAUCUCAGAUGGAGCAGUUUGGGGAAUCUCUGCAACUUCACCCUGACGUGCAGCUCUGACAACGCCUCGCACACAGAGUGUCAUCCCAUCCAGAAGACUAACGAGUCCUACGAAUGCAGCUACAAUGGCUUAGAAGCAGGGACUUUGUAUCAUCUCAGGAUUUUCUCUCUCUCGGACACAGAAACGAGGAACAUCUCUUUGCAAACAGAUCCCUUACCACCAGCAAAAUUUGAAAUUAAUAAGGAAAAAACUACUUCGACAAGCUUGCAGGUCUCGUGGAGUCCAUCCUCAGGAAAGGUGGACUGGUAUGAGCUACAAUUAUCUGAUCAUAAUAAUAAAAAGAUACAGAAUGUCUCAAUACAAGGAGGUAUUUCAAGAAGAGAAGAGACCUUUUCCAAUCUCACCCCUGGGAGCAAAUACAAUAUUGUCAUUACUGCAGUUGCUGGAAAUAAAAGCACCCCAGCAAUUCACAUCAGCGGAUCUACUGUGCCAUCCCCAGUGCAAAACAUUCAGAUCAGUGUCAAGACAGACACUAUCCACGUUUCAUGGUUACCUGGCUCUGGUUAUGUGGAUCGAUACAGGCUGCUAUUACUGGAUAAAGAAGGACCGGUUCGUGAGAUCAACCAUGAGGAACGCUUACUCUCCUACACUUUUCUUGGACUUACAGCAGGACACCUGUAUAAUCUCACUAUCAUAGCUGAAGGUGCAGGACUAGAGAGCUACAACUUUAAACUGGUUAGGACAGCCCCAGCAGAAGUCUCAGCUUUGAUGGUGACGAAUGAUGGCAGCUUGGAUACAUUAAAAGUUACAUGGAAAAGACCUCUAGGAAAACUAGAUUUCUACAAUAUCACUCUGUUUCAUCUUGGAUCCAUUAAAGAAAUCAAAACUUUACUGCCCCAGGUCACAGAGGCUCAGUUUGACAAGUUGAUUCCAGGAAGUCUUUAUCAGGUCACUGUCAGGACAAUCAGUGGUGAAUUAUUCACUGAUAAGAUGGCAAGUGGCAGGACAGUUCCUCAGAAAGUUUCAGAGCUGAAAGCUAGCAGUGGUGGUUGGCUGAGGUCUCUGACAGUGAGCUGGCUGCCCCCUGCUGGAGACUGGGAGAGAUACUACAUUAUGUUGUUCAACCUCUCCACUGUGCUGCUGAACACGACAUUAAAGAAAGACAGAAGAGAAUAUGUCAUCCAGGAUAUACGACUCAUCCCAGGAAGACAAUAUGAGGUGGCAGUCAUAGUGGAGAGUGGAGGUUUACAGAACACGGCUCGCUGCAAAGGCAGAACAGCUCCACAGCCUGUUCUUCAGCUCCGGGUAAAGCACGCUAAUGAAUCUUCACUAAGUGUCAUGUGGAUGACCCCUGUUGCAGAAUGGGACAGUUACGUGGUUUCACUGGGAGACAGGGAUCUUACCGUCAUAAACAAGGCUCUUGUGAAAGAAGCUAAAGAAUACACUUUCAGUGGUCUGGUACCUGGACGGAAAUACACAGCUACAGUCACUAGCAUUAGUGGGGAUUUAAGCAACUGGACUUCAGUAGAGGGAAGAACAGUGCCAGCUCAGGUGACUAGCCUGCAUGUGACAAACCAGGGGGCAACCAACAGUUUGUUCACCAACUGGACAAGGGCGCUGGGAGAUGUAGAGUCAUACCAAGUGCUGCUGAUUCAUGAAAAUGUUGUCAUUAAAAAUGAGAGUGUUUCCAGUGAGACCAGUAGAUACCACUUCCACUCCCUGAAAGCCGGAGGACUCUAUUCCGUGGUCGUUACCACAGUUAGUGGAGGGAUAUCGUCCAGACAGACGAUUGCAGAAGGGAGGACAGUUCCUUCCAGUGUGAGCGGAGUAACAGUGAAUAAUUCGGGACGGAGUGACUACCUCAGUGUUUCCUGGCUACCAGCUACUGGAGAUGUGGAUAGUUAUUUGGUAACACUCUCCCAUGACAGCCAGACGGUUCAGACUCUAACCAUUUCGAGAGCCCUCAGUGAAUGUUCUUUCAGCAGCCUGGUUCCUGGCAGGCUCUACAAUGUGACAAUAAUCACAAAGAGUGGGAAGUAUGAAAAUCAUUCCUUCAGCUGGGAACGAACAGUACCUUCAAGCGUGCAGGGGCUUACUGUCAGCAAUUCAGCAAGAAGUGACUAUUUAAAGAUGUCCUGGUUACAUGCCACUGGAGAUUUUGAUAAUUAUGAAGUGAUCAUCAAGAACAACAAUGACUUCAACCAAACAAAAAGUGUCCCCAAGGAUGAAAAUGAAUGUGUGUUCACUAAACUGGUCCCGGGGAGGCAAUACAGCAUCACUGUUAGCACACGGAGUGGAAAAUAUGAGACUAGUAAAAGGGUCAAUGGCAGAACAAUGCCGGAGUCAGUGAAGGAAUUGACUCUUAGUAACAGAAGCACUGAAGACCUGCAAGUUACCUGGUCAAAGGCUGAGGGGGAUGUCGAUCAGUAUGAGAUUCAGCUACUUUUCAAUGAUAUGAAGGUCUUUCCACCCAUUUUCCUUGGAAACACAAUUGAGGAAUAUCGGUUCACAGCCUUAACCCCAGGGCGCCUGUACAAAAUUCUUGUCUUGACAAUCAGUGGAGACACACAACGUGCCACUUUCAUAGAAGGACUGACAGCUCCAAGUGCUGUCAAAAACAUUCACGUUUCAGCCAAUGGGAUGACAAACAGCCUGAAAGUGAACUGGACUCCUGGAGGAGGAGACGUUGAUUCCUACACAGUGACACUAUUCCACCACAACUAUCAGCUUGAUUCCCAGACUGUCUCCAAGCCUGUCUAUGAGCAUACCUUCAGCAAGUUAGAAGCAGGGGAGCAGUACCGGGUUGUGGUACAGUCUAACAGCGGCACCCUGCACAACAGUUUAACGGCUCUCGGACGUACAAUUCCUGCCUCUGUCCAGGGAUUAUUUGCAGAUCAUGCCUACAGCAGUCAUUCCUUGUUAGUGACCUGGCACAGUGCUCCUGGAGUGGCUGAGAGAUAUGACAUCCUGCUCUUGACUGAGCAAGGUAUCCUUCUGAGCAAUAAAUCGGAGCCAGCAACUGCUAAACAGCACAAAUUUGAAGAUUUAAUACCAGGCAAGAAGUAUAAAGUGCAAAUGUUGACAGUCAGCGGUGGGCUCUUCAGCAGCCGAGCAGAAACCGAAGGCCGAACAGUCCCAGCUGCUGUCACAAAUCUGAAGGUCACAGAAAACACCAAUGGACGCCUGUCAUUCAGCUGGACUACCUCCCAGGGAGAACUGGACUCCUAUAAUAUCUUUCUGUACAAUCCAGACAAAUCCCUCCAGGACAGAAUUUCAGGGGACCAGAAUCUUCAGCAGUGUUCUUUCCAGAACUUGCGGCAAGGCAGGAUGUAUAAAAUGGUGAUUGUUACCCACAGUGGAGAGCUCACAAAUGAGUCAUCCGUAUUUGGAAGAACAGUUCCAGCCCCAGUUAUUAAUCUCAACAGCUCCAACAGAAACAUGACGAACAGUCUGUGGUUCACCUGGGGACCAGCAUCAGGAGAUGUAGAUUAUUAUGAACUGAAUCUUUAUAACCCAAAUGGCACACAGAAGGAAACAAGGCAUGGGAAAGACCUGAGAGAGUGGCAUUUCCUGGGCCUAGUUCCUGGCAGAAAAUACACCCUAGUUGUAGUGACCCACAGUGGUGACCUGACCAAUACAGCAAAGACUGAGGGAAGAACAGCACCCAAUCCUCCUAGCGCUGUAUCAUUUGCUGAUGUUGCAAACACCUCCCUGUCAAUCACCUGGCUGGGUCCCCCAGACUGGACGGAUUAUGAUGACUUUGAGUUGCAAUGGUUCCCGAGAGAUCCCCUUACAGUCUUCAACCCGUACAGCAACAGCAGAUCAAAGGGACGCAUCAUGUAUGGCCUUCGACCAGGGCGGCUCUAUAAUUUCAGUGUCAGGAGCGUCAGCGGCAACACCUGGAAGACAUACAGUCAAUCACUGUCUGGAACUGUGAGAACAAGACCAGACAGAAUACAAAACCUUCACUGCCGGCCACAAAACUCUACUGCCAUUGCAUGUUCCUGGACCCCGCCUGACUCUGACUUCGAUGGAUAUAGCAUUGAAUGCAAAAAAAUGGACACUGGAGAAGUUGAGUUUUCCAAAAGGAUCGAGAAAGAAAAAUCUUUGCAAAACAUCAUGAUGCUAGUACCCCACAAGAGAUACUUGGUGUCCAUCAAAGUGCAGUCUUCAGACAUGACUAGUGAGGUAGUUGAAGACAGCACCAUCACUAUGAUAGACCGCCCCCCUCCACCACUUCCCCACAUCCGAGUAAACAAAAAGGAUGCACUCAUUACCAAAUCUUCCAUCAACUUUACUUUCAACUGCAGCUGGUUCAGUGACACCAAUGGAGCUGUGAAAUACUUUACUGUGGUUGUGAGAGAGGCUGAUGGCAGUGAAGAGCUGAAGCCAGAUCAGCAGCACCCGUUACCUUCCUACUUGGAAUACAAACAUAACAAUUCCAUACGUGUCUAUCAGACCAACUAUUUUGCAAGCAAAUGUGCUGAAAACCUUGACAGCAACUAUAAGAGCUUUGACAUUAAGCUUGGAGCUGAGAUGGAAAGUCUGGGAGGAAAAUGUGAUCCCAAUCAGCAGAAAUUCUGUGAUGGGCCACUGAAACCCAGGACUGCCUAUAGGAUCAGUAUCCGAGCUUUCACCCAGCUCUUUAGUGAAGACCUGAGGGAAUUCACUGAGCCACUCUUCGCAGAUACCUUUUUCUCUUUACCAAUCACUACUGAGUCAGAACCCAUGUUUGGAGUUAUAGAAGGCGUGAGUGCUGGUUUGUUUCUCAUUGUGAUGGUGGUGGCUGUCACUGCUUUAUUUGUCUACAGACAAAAAGUUAGUAAUGGCCAAGAGCGAACUACAGCAAGGCUGAGCAUUCGCAGGGACAGGCCGUUGUCCGUCCAUCUGAACUUGGGGCAGAGAGGGAGCCGGAGAAUUUCCAGUCCAAUAAAAGUAAAUCAGUUUGAAGCGCACUUCACCAAACUCCAAGCAGAUUCCAACUACCUCCUGUCCAAGGAAUAUGAGGACUUAAAAGAUGUGGGUCGAAGCCAAUCAUGUGACAUAGCGCUUUUGCCAGAGAACAGAGGGAAAAAUCGAUACAAUAAUAUAUUGCCCUAUGAUACAUCAAGAGUGAAGCUUUCCAACGUAGAUGAUGAUCCUUGCUCAGAUUAUAUUAAUGCAAGCUACAUACCAGGCAAUAAUUUUCGCAGGGAAUACAUUGCGACUCAGGGCCCUUUGCCUGGCACCAAAGAUGAUUUCUGGAAGAUGGCAUGGGAACAGAAUGUUCACAAUAUUGUCAUGGUAACCCAGUGUGUCGAGAAGGGCCGAGUGAAGUGCGAUCAUUACUGGCCCCUGGACCAGGAUUCCUUGUAUUACGGAGACCUGAUAGUUGAGAUGCUGUCUGAGUCAGUGCUUCCGGAAUGGACAAUAAGGGAGUUUAAAAUUUGUAGUGAAGAGCAGCUUGACUCAAAGAGGCUCAUUCGUCACUUUCAUUACACAGUAUGGCCAGACCAUGGAGUUCCAGAGACCACCCAGUCCCUGAUCCAGUUUGUGAGAACUGUAAGAGAUUAUAUCAACAGGACUCCAGACACCGGACCAACCAUUCUGCAUUGCAGUGCUGGUGUUGGUAGGACAGGCACAUUCAUUGCACUGGAUCGAAUCCUUCAGCAAUUAGACUCUAAGGACUCAGUGGAUAUUUAUGGAGCAGUGCAUGAUCUAAGACUUCACAGGGUUCAUAUGGUUCAGACAGAGUGUCAGUAUGUCUAUUUACAUCAGUGUGUGAGAGAUGUGUUAAGAGCAAGAAAGCUACGCAGCGAACAAGAAAAUCCCUUGUUUCCAAUAUAUGAAAAUGUGAAUCCAGAGUAUCACAGAGAUGCUGUUUAUUCAAGACACUAAGAACAGCCACCUGCUUUUGUGAUCAGAUUUGUUAACUUUGUGUGUGUGGUGUGUGUGUGUGUGUGUGUGUGUGUGUGUUUCAUGCACUAGAGCGGUGCCAGACAUUUCCAUUGAUGCUGUGUAUAAUUUAUUGGUCUGGUGACUUUUUUAAAGAUAUAUAAUUUAAGUGUAAUAGAUAUUAUUGUAUAUAAUUGUAUGUUGGUGUUACGUAAAGAUGUAUUUUUUCUAUAAUGUUUAUAUUAAUAUUAAGCUUCAGAUAAUACUAUUUUUCCAUACUAAAGUUUUUAAGAACUUUUCUACAUAAACUAUUUUAAACUGUGUGUCAAAAAGAACUGCUGAGUUUGGAGUAGGUUGUGUAUUGGCACUUAAUAUACAAGAAAAAUCCAUUAAGGAUAGCCAGCCUUUUUAGCUGACUCAGUGUUCACAAGAUGAAAUAAGAUACAUGUCAGAUAAAGGAUAGUAGUCCUACAUAGGAAUUCUAAACUUUAAAUUGAUUGCUGAUUGCUUGUGGAUUUCAUCCAUUCUGAUCAAAUCACAAUGCCAGGGUGCUGCAAUGAAGGAGUACCAUUUAGCAAAAACUCAUUAACAUCCAAAUAAAAAAAACAUCCACUUCACUAUGAGCAACUGUUUCACUGUAAUCUGAAUGUUAGUGGAAAAAUAUUAACAUAUGUUGCCUUGAAGUUUAAUAAAAAGAAAAGGAGUACUUGUGGCACUUGUUAGAGACUAACAAAUUUAUUUGAGCAUAAGCUUUCGUGAGCUACAGCUCACUUCAUCGGCUGCUACUCUGAAACUUGAAGUUUAAUAGAACUCUUCUUUUACUCUCAUGGGCGGUCUGAUUUUGAUUUGACCUGCAUGACUAUGUAAAUGAAUGCAUACAGGAGCGAAAGAUAAUAAAUAAACUACACAUGCAUUCACCCUGACUGACAUGCAGAGACUUACCUCCAUGAGGAUGCAAAACCUGGCAAUUUUUAUCACUCUUUAAAACAAAAGUCAUUAUUAAGAGAGUUUAAAGAGUAGGCAGAGCUGGAUAACAUCAGUAUAGACCCCCUCCCCCUUAAGAAUAUACAGAUUUACGGAUGCCAAAGAUGGAAACAGUUUGCACAGUAAUAGUGGCAUUUAAGCUGCCAUUGGUCUUUAUUGGAGAUCACUUUUCCCUUGAUACUGUAAUCUGAGCACUCCUAUCAAUAGCAUUUGUUUCUUUGUGUUUAAAAAAACUCACUUUGAAUUAACAGGAAAGGGACUGUUCACUAUUAAAAUAUAAGGAAAACUUUGUUUAAAGAACAAUCCUUUCCAAAACAGAAAGGAAAGGCUUGGUAGUUCGGCCUGCCUUCCGAUCUCUUUCCACACAGCUUCUCUGGCCUGCCACAAGACAAAAACUUUGAAUAUUUUUGUUGAGGAAGGGGCAGAGCUGUUUGGAGGAGAAGUUGUUCAAAUGAGCCUCUGAUGCUGUAAAUUCCCUGUUCUUUGGCAUGUUGGUACCCCCACUCCAGGCUGUGUGGCCCAUAAAGUUUAAUACUGUCCCAACCAGCACUUCAGGACAGCCCCAGCUGUGGGGAGAAAACAGCUCCUGUUGCACAGAAUUAAAAUAAAAUCAUGUAUUAGGGUUGAGAAGAAGGAACCUUGCCCCAGGUUCCAGGAAGAGAGGACAUAAGCCUUUUUUGCACCUCUGCAUGCUGAGGCUAGUCUCUCCCUGCUGCAGAACACCCAUGAAAGUGACAAUGGAAGAGCAGAGGAAAACACCAAGGCUGCCCUUGCAGAAUUUUCCUCAAAUUUUCCACUCAGUGGGGUUGGUGGGUUUGGCCAACACAGAACAACCAGGGAUUUCUACUCACCAACACUGUAGGUCACCCAAAGUCCCCUAGAUAGACCAUCCCGACAGUCCCUGUGUCUCUCCACUCGCUCUGGAGUCCCCCAGACACCCUUCCUGCAGCUGCUCCAGAGACCUCCCUUUAUACAAGGUUUCACAGCCACCCCUCCCCCCCCCCCACACACACACUGUAGUGAAUGAGGCAUGAGGUUAGUUCCCAUCAGUACAAUUGCAUGUUGAAGGAAUGUCAAAUGUACCAUAUAAAUUAUUCCUCCCUAGCUAGUACCAUGACAUUUUUUUCUGCUAAGGAAAUGAAACCUGUUCAAUAAUGUGCGCUUGGAGAGCACGAGUCCAGGACUGUAAAUGGUGUAUAGAUGUAGUUCAUCAUUUUCAAAAGCCUACAAAGCAUAUUCCUCUUUUUAUUUUAAAAGUUGUUUUCCUGUCUCUAUGCCUUUAAAGUGCACAAAUCAGCAGCCAAAACAUGAUGCCCUAGCCAAAGUCUGUUUUCAACAUUUCUUUACCCUAACAGUGCCUGUAGGUCAUGAACUUUUUCCUUUUUUACCAAAAUGAUGAGCAGCCAUAAACACUCGCGUACCGUGCUCUUGAACAGCUUCACCCUAGAUAUGUGACUUCUCACACACAAACACACACACACACACGUAUGACUGGUUCUGUGUGCUAGCUAAUAAGCUGACAUAUUCAUGUGUAGCAAGUAUAAUUAUACUGAGAACAACUAAAUGUCAGAAGCUCUGUGAUAUUUUUGGUGCAAGCCACCAGUUAGUAUAAUUAAUUAUAUUUAUUGUGCCUUGACAUAGAAUGCCAGAACCGAUAGGGAACUGUUAGAGCAAAAAGGCUGGACUAUAUUAAAGAAAGAUAGCUGUUAAGGAACAUAAUCCUCAAUUGAAGAUUUUUUAUAUACUGUAUAGCUAAGAAUCCCCUUCUUGAUGUUUUCCAAUUGUAAGGUUAAAAAGCAACACUCAAUGUUGUUUUCCCUUGAGCUAGGAUUUGCACACUUGGGGCUCAAUCUUGUAAAUCCCCCCGACCCCUUUCCUCAUGUGAGUAGUCCAAUUAAUAGCAAUGGGACUAUUUACAUGAGCAAUGACACGUACAGCAUCAUUCGCAGGCCUGGGCCCUUAGUUAAUAUUUUUUUUGCUUGAAAAGUAUUUAAUAAAAAGUGUGAUGAAUUGUUUUAGUCUGUGCAAUACCAAUGCAAGGCCUACUACUUAUUUUAGCAAAAACUUUCACAUAACAUAGCUAGAGAUUUAGAGAAGAGGUUUUUUUUGUUUUUUUUUUAAUUACAACUAGGUCAUUGAACUAAAUGAUUGCAAUAGACACACUGUGAAGAUGUCAUGAAAGCGCAACUUUAUAAAUUGUAUCUGCUGUUAUAGUUAUUUAUAUGGCUUAAAUGUGCUUGAUAAAUGCCUGCCAAAAAAAAGUACUUCUUAGGCAGCUACAUAAAGAAUUUCUCUUCAGCUGGAGUGCCCAUAAAGACCUAAGAGCAGCUUUGUGUUCAGCUUACACAUUAUGCCGUGGCAUUGAUGCUGUGUUUUGGAAAGCAAAGCACUGGAACCACAGACAGCAAAGUGAGAUCACAUACAAUGCAAAGUUACUAUUCCUUACUAUUCCUGGGUGGUAAUGGCCUGAGCGUUAUCACCUGGGAGGGUGAUCUGCUGUGACUGGGCCAAGAGCCAUAGAUUGUAGCUACUCAUGUGUAAUACUUAGGUAUGGCCUAUAGCAAUUGCAUGUCCUUGUACACAAUGCACUAGCCAUAACUGGCAUGGCUCGCAAUUGUAUACAAUUAGUUGCCUGUCUGUCAAUGCUUCAAGGACAUUCAAUUGUGUGAAUAGGCUGAAGCAUAAGAUGAGAGUCAUUUUGUUGAUGACUCAGCCUCAACCUUCUGAGCAUUACAUUCUGGGCCCCGUUGUCCCUGGAGGGUGCAUCUCUGAAUGAAAGAUGAGUUUGCACUAGCAGGCUUCCUGUGGCCUGUUGUCCUGUGACCAUCCCCUUUCUCCCUGGUGACACUCCUGUGCCCAAAGUAAAGCAGGGUGACUCGUGACCUAGCAGAUCAAUGAAUUAGAUAAGAUUGGUCUUGUUGAACGACUGUAGCAGAAAAUACAUAUGACUAUGGACUAGUGUGGAACUGUGGUAUACAGUAUCAGUAAUGGUGGGUGAGUAAUUUGCAGGUUGGCUUUUUUUUUUUUUUUGGUUUAAUUUGAAAGCUAAAACUAUAUAGUAAGUCAAGUCUAGGAGCUGACUAUAUAGUGUUCUCAAAUAGCACACUACUUUACAUUGCUAAACAAUUUUUUUUAAAGCUAGCUAGUCAUAAAUUCUGUACGUGGGUAAAGUUUCAGAAAAAAUGGUUGCAGAAAAAUAUUCCAUUUUCAUAUGCUAUAUAAUUAUUCAUAUUCGUGUUCCUAACAAACAAUAGGUGAGCACAGAACUACACUACUAUUGUUUAAUUUAUGUAUUUGUUAUAUAUACUUUUAUAGUUUUAACUCCUGUCUACAAAGCAAAUAUAUUUGAGUGUAUUUUACACAGCGUUCAUGAAUAAAACAGUUAAUUUAAACUCA